AUGGCACUAAAUUCACAAUCAAAUAAUCACGAAACCACAUCAAAAACAAUAAACAAAAGAGAAAAGAAAAAUAGCCAGAACCGAUAUUCAAUAGAAUUAAAAAAUAAAAAUAAAACAAUAAAGAUAUUAGAAAGGAAAAGAGAAAGAAAGCAAAUAAAAUCAUUGGAUAUAAAUAGAAAAUUAACAACGUUUCAGUCUUUAAAUUGGCCUCCUAAACAAGUAUAUUAUAAUAAGGAACAACAUUUCAGUAACUCGUAUUUACUAUAUUACGAUUACAUGUCUACAUAUGCUGCGACAAUGGCAGCUUACUGUCCUCUACAUAUGACUCAACCGACUUACACAUUUCCAAUAAUCAUUACUGAAUGGAGUCCCAUAGUAUGUUGUAAUACACCUGUUUAUACAGCACCCGUGCAAGUACCUUAUACUUUCAUCAAUUCAUCUGUAGUACCAACUCAGAUAUGUCCCUAUACGGGUGCUGUUGUAGCAGAGCCCUUAGUUGUACCAGUAAUUGCCCAGACAUUAGUGCCUGAACCAUUAAUGCCAGAAACUUACGAACAGCUUCUGAGUUAUCCACCGGAACUCAUUACGUCUACGCCCAUUAAUGUUUUAGAUGAUCAAAUGAACUACAACUUACUUCACGACAGUAAUAUGGCAGAUGUUACGAGGUUUGAUCCAAUAGACAUGUCAAGUCAUACAGAGGAUCCACUCCAAAUUUACUUAAAUCUACCUAAGGAGCUAUUUCCAACAGCAAGAAUGCUGGCUAUUGAUGCAAAUCCGAUUAUAGACGAAUUUUGUAAACUGACAAGCAUAUUCGAUCAUGCCGCUUGGAUACUGGACUUGGAGUUCGGAAUACCUAGAUUACCAAUCACCCGAGACAUUCCAAUAUAUGAUUUUCAAUUUAAUAGUAUACACUGUAAGAACACACCAAAUGCAAUACAUCCGGGUUUUGAUAGCUGCGACGAGGAUUUUAAACGUGUAUUACUUUUUUAUUACGACUGUAUUGUAUCUGCAUGGUACAGAGGUUACGUCAUUUUCAAUAACGAUAGCUCAGUUGAAAAUUUUCAAGCGUGGUUACUACUGGCAAUGCAGUUUUUUGGUAUGUGUUGGCCAUGA